CUAUAUGCGGUUUCGGGCAAAUAUCCUAAAUUUGUGACCCCGUGGGUUUUACAUGGAGAAAAGAACUGACAGGACAAAAACUAUCAGAUCAGAGAUGACUGCAUCUCCUACACCGGUGCCGUCGUCUCCGAUUAUGAUUCCAUGUUCUCCAGUCCUGGAGCCGACCACCCCCGGAAGGCGGUCAUCCUCCCCGUUCAGGUCUCCUACUCCGGUGCUGAUGACGUCUCCGAAACUAUGGCACAAAUCUUCAGUGUCCCGGCUAGCGGAAGAGUUUUUCUGGAUUGGCGGUAGCAUUGUGGCCACACCAAAAUGGAGAAUGGGGCAAAUAGUGGAGAGGUGCAUGAGCUGCAUGCAGGCCGGGACUCGGAUGGUGAAGCUGCGCGGGUCCUCCAGGGGCCUCACGCGCUGCUACUACCUGGAUGAGCACAAGUCCUGCGUCCGCUGGCGGCCCUCCAGGAAGCACCAGAGGGCCAAGAUUACCAUAGACACUAUCCGCGAGGUUUGUGAGGGCAAGCAGUCAGAGAUCUUCCAGCGCUACGUGGACCGCAACUUUGACCCCAACUGCUGCUUCACCAUUUACUAUGGCGCCCACAUGCAGUCGCUGGACCUCGUCACCAGCACCGGGGAAGAGGCACGCACCUGGAUCACAGGCCUGAAGUACCUCAUGGCGGGCAUCAGUGAUGAGGACAGCCUGGCCAAGCGACAGCGCACUCGAGAUCAGUGGCUGAAGCAGACCUUCACGGAGGCAGACAAAAAUGGCGAUGGCUGCCUGAGUAUUGGAGAAGUACUUCAGCUUCUCCACAAGCUGAAUGUGAACCUUCCCAGACAAAAAGUCAAGCAGAUGUUCAAGGAAGCGGACACGGAUGACAACCAAGGCACGCUGGCCUUCGAGGAGUUCUGCACCUUCUACAAGACCAUGUCCACGCGCCGUGAUCUGUACCUUCUCAUGCUCACCUACAGCAACCACAAGGACUACAUGGACACAGAUGACCUGAUCCGCUUCCUGGUGAUUGAACAGAAGAUGAGCAAUGUGACAAGAGAACAUUGCCUGGAAAUUGUGACCAAGUUUGAGCCCUGUCCUGAAAACCAGGAUCUGCUGGUUCUUGGCAUUGAUGGCUUUACCAACUACAUGCGGAGUCCUGCAGGAGACAUCUUCAACUCGGAGCACUAUGAGGUGAACCAGGAUAUGACCCAGCCUCUCACCAACUACUUCAUCAAUUCCUCGCACAACACCUACCUGACGGGCGACCAGCUGCUCUCCCAGUCCAGGGUGGAUAUGUACACUUACGUACUGCAGGCUGGCUGUCGCUGCGUCGAAGUUGACUGCUGGGAUGGUCCGGAUGGAGAGCCAAUUGUGCGCCAUGGCUAUACCCUCACUUCAAAAAUUUUCUUCAAAGAUGUCAUAGAAACAAUCAACAAAUAUGCAUUUUCCAAAAGCCAAUACCCUGUGAUUCUGUCUAUUGAGAACCACUGCACAGUACCCCAACAGAAGAAGAUGGCUCAGUAUCUCUUGGAGGUGCUUCAAGACAAGCUGGACCUGUCCUCCAUUAAUAUGAACGAAUGCAGACGUCUCCCCUCUCCAGAGAUGCUGAAAGGGAAAAUUCUGGUUAAGGGGAAGAAACUCCCUGCAAACAUUGAUGCGAAUGCAGAGGAAGGGGAUGUGUCUGAUGAAGACAGCGGUGAAGAGACUGAAGAUGAAAACAAAGUGACGAGUGCAGAUGUAAUGGAAGCUGUGCUUUUAUUUCAGGGUAAGAGUGAGGAAGGCACAGACAGCACCACCGAUGCAAACCCCGGGACCAACAAGCCCCUCAACAGGUCCCUCAUGGGAAGCUUCAAACGCAAGAGACGGCGAGUGAAAGUGAAGAAGGGAUCCAGCCUUGAGGACACUGAUACGGAUCAGGAGAGCUCCUCUACUGCCCCCAGGGGAGCUGUGGUGCAUUACAGCAGGAGGAGGAAGACCAUGCGGCUUGCCCGAGCCCUGUCUGACCUGGUCAAGUACACUAAAUCUGUCCGUGUCCAUGACAUUGAGACACAAGCGGCAACAUGCAGUUGGCAGGUAUCAUCACUCAGUGAGACCAAGGCCACUCAGAUCAUGCAGCUGAAGCCAGCCCAGUUUGUGCGCUUCAACCAGAGGCAACUUGUGCGCGUCUACCCUUCUUCCUACCGUGUGGACUCCAGCAACUACAACCCCCAGCCUUUCUGGAACUCCGGUUGCCAUCUGGUUGCCUUAAACUACCAGUCAGAAGGCAGAGUUCUGCAGCUCAACAGAGCCAAAUUCUCCAGCAAUGGUAACUGUGGGUACAUCCUGAAACCCAAGUGCAUGUGUAAAGGUGCCUUUAACCCUAUGUUGGAGGACUCCUGGCAAGACCAGGUAAAGACGCAGUUGAUACUGAAGAUAAUCAGUGGCCAGCAGCUACCCAAGCCAAAAGGCUCCAUGCUGGGGGAUCGAGGCGAGAUUAUUGAUCCCUAUGUGGAGGUGGAGAUCAUCGGCCUGCCGGUGGACUGCUGCAAGGACCAGACACGGGUUGUGGAUGACAAUGGAUUCAAUCCCAUGUGGGAGGAGACCCUCGUCUUCACUCUCCACAUGCCACAGAUCGCGCUGGUGCGCUUCCUGGUGUGGGAUCACGACCCCAUCGGCAGGGACUUCAUUGGACAGAGGACCAUUGCCUUCACGAGCAUGCUGCCAGGCUAUCGGCACGUGCAUUUGGAAGGUAUGGAAGAGGCCUCUAUUUUUGUUCAUGUCGCUGUGAAUGACAUCACUAGUAAGGUGAAACCUACCAGUGGAAUAAAAGGGAUAUUUCACAGAAGCCAUAAUCAGGGCUCUCCGGACAGCGACACGUUUGUGCAGCUGAAGCGCAAGCCUACUUUUCGGGAAAAGCUCCUGCACAGAGCGGCGAACGGCCCCACCAAGGCCCGGCACAAAGCCCGGAGGGGGGGCCACAAGCCCCCCGUUGAGGAGGACAGCUCUGAUUCGGAGUCUGAACAGGUGCGAGACCAGCGUGGCGCCACUGGGGACCUGAAUGAUGGACAGAUACCGGGCAGGUUGGUGCAGAGCGAGCCACUCAGGCGCGCAAACAGGGUGCAGAUCCAGGAGCCGGUGCAUAAAGAGCAGGGCCUCCUUAACCGCCUGUCCAGCCACAGCCCCAGAAGGGGGAGUGUGGCCACCGGCUGCAUCCGGUGGGCGGUCGGCUCCAAAGGGGGUCCCAGCCAAGAGCUUGGAUCUCCCCACAGGCCGGAACCAACCCAGCGGGAGAGAGUGACAUCGGAGUCGAGGUGGGUGCAGCCUGAACCCCCCCAAGAAACUGACAACCAUCCCCCGCCCGCGGACUGGCCCCAACCCAAACUGCCUCCCUCCCUCUGGGCCAGAAGGAGCCUGGACACCCGGCGCAACAAGCACGGCUCCGACCCCCAGCCGGGAAACACGCGAUCCUGCAGCAUGCCCAGGAGGAGACUCCCCUCCCCCACACCCCCGGCACCGGGCGGCAGGUCCAGCUUAAACUGGCAGAGGCCUGGGUGCACGGGCACGGGCAUUGGCAGAAGGCUGGCGCAGGCCGUGUCUGACUCUGAAAGCCUCUCUGACAGCGACUCCCCCAGCAGUGCGGACAGCUCGGACAGCCUGGACAGCAUCGACUUCCUGCCGUCGCGCUGGCCCGAUGACAGGCGGCCAGCCGUGGGAACGCUGCAGAGAGAGAUGAGCGCUCUCUUUGAUCAGAAGAUGGACGAAAUCCGCAGUAAAUCUCCCAUAUUCUUCACUGGUAAGAGCUGACUGGUGCCCUAACUGCCCAGCCAAGACCCAUUCACAGAGUACUCUGUACUAUGGUUAGCUCUGUGAUGAGAUUAAUUAGCAUCUCAGGGCCCACCCAUGGAGAGUGCUCUCUCGAUGGUUAAAACACCAGAGACUGUGAAGUUAUGCGCUGAGAUCUUUCUCUUUUGUUUUGUUCGGCACCUCUUGGAACUCUAGAGCAGAACUGCUAAGAUGACCAACAGUCAGAUGAAGAGGCCUUUUGAACUCCAAUACCCUUCUACUGAUGUACUCUGUUUUCUUUUUUGUGAACUUCCUGUUUUCUACUUCCUUUUCAGGAAUUAAAACUGCCUUGUGGGUAUUUGAAUGACUCAUUUAGAGUAUUUAAUGAGGAACUGGUUUCUGGUUUGCAAUUGAUGUGUGUGGAACAGUUGCCUAGUAAACUGUGUCAUCCUUGACAUUUUGACUAUGCAUUUUGACUAUGGGUUUUGCCAUUAUAA